UAAUUCUAUUAUACAAGAAAGAGUCUGGUGACAAAGAAAAGAAGAGAGAGAAAGAUGGGUGUUGUGCAAGUGGCGAAGAGAAUUCCCCGGAUCAAAUUCCCCAAUAGGCAUCCACAUCCUUCGGCUUCAGGGUCUUCUUCUUCAUCCCAUGUUCAAGCCAUACAAAAUGAUGGAGAUGCUCAGCAACAACAAUACUUUUCAUGGAACAAAGUUCCUGCUGGGCUGAUAAACACAGCUGUAGGAGGAAAAGCUUCUCUUCAGCCAAAACGAACUCCGGUUACUGACAGAGAAAUUGAAGCUAUCAUGUUGGGAGGCUGCUUCUGAGAUGUGUCACAACAGAUUGAUUAUAAUCAGGAGGACUUUAGUAUUUGUAAAAGCAUGUUAUAACAUCAAUGAAAAGUUGCAAUGUGUGAACUUUGUUUACAAAAUGAUCAUUGUGAAAUGGUUUAUGUAAUGGUGGUUGUAUGCAAAUUUGAUUUGAGUUUUCAUAUGGCAUCCGGUUCUUUGCUGC